CCAACUGCCAGGGGCUGCAGCAGGAAUGAGAAACUUAAGUCCUCCAUUAAACCUAAUUCUUUAGGAGCUGAAAAACCCUGAGCCCCAAGUACCAAGUUUCAAAACUCAAAGCACAAAGCCAUGAUGCUUCACAGCCAGAGUUGCAGUUCCAUGGAAUUAGGGCAAGAAAGUUUCCAGAGCUCAAUGCACAACCGCACCUUCUCACCAAGUAAGCUUCGAAAUCCCCAAUGUCCUUUCAGAACUAGGGCCUUUCUAGAAUUUAACUUUACUCACCACAAUCACGGCUUAGCAAGAAGGCAACUGUAUCCUGUUCCUUAUGCCUUGUCCAUUCCUCAAAAUAUUGACCAUGUUGUGACUUCACGAGCUCAGAAGCAGAGUUCGAGAGGUCCUAGGGCUUUUGUAGGGUUUAAGCUUCAGUGUGAUUCGAAAACAUUGGUUUUGCCCACAAAAGGUUCUUCAAUUAAUGGUAAGAAGAAGGCGUAUGGAGGCGUAUUGCCUUCGAUUUUGCGGUCUUUACAGUCCGAAAACGAUGUUGAAAAGACCCUUAAUUCGUGUGGCGAAAAUUUGAAUCCAAAAGAACAGACUGUGAUUCUCAAAGAACAGAAAAGGUGGGAAAGAGUUGUGCGUGUUUUCGAGUGGUUCAAGUCACAAAAGGAGUAUGUACCCAAUGUAAUACACUAUAAUGUGGUGCUUCGAAAGCUGGGUAGGGCUCAGAAAUGGGAUGAAUUAAGGCUUUGUUGGAUUGAAAUGGCGAAAAGAGGUGUUCUGCCGACAAACAAUACAUAUGCAAUGCUAGUUGAUGUGUAUGGGAAAGCAGGCCUUGUGAAAGAAGCGCUUUUGUGGAUCAAGCACAUGAAACUAAGGGGGAUUUUCCCGGAUGAUGUUACAAUGAAUACGGUUGUUAAGGCCUUGAAGGAUGCAGGGGAGUUUGAUAGGGCAGAUAAGUUUUAUAAGGAUUGGUGCAAUGGCAAGAUUGAGCUCGAUGAACUUGAUUUGGAUUCUAUGGGUGAUUCUGUGAAUGAUUCUGGAUUAGAGCCUAUUAGUUUUAAGCAUUUCUUGUCCACUGAGCUUUUCAAGACAGGUGGGAGAAUUCCCACUUCAAAGAUUAAGGCCUCAUCGGAUACAGAGAACUCUAUCCGAAAACCACGGCAAACAUCGACAUAUAAUGCUUUGAUUGAUUUGUAUGGGAAGGCAGGACGUCUUGAUGAUGCAGCUAAUGUGUUUGGAGAAAUGAUGAAAUCUGGUGUGGCAAUGGAUGCUAUUACUUUCAAUACUAUGAUCUUUACUUGUGGAAGUCAUGGGCAUUUGUCAGAAGCGGAAGCUUUGCUUAGUAAGAUGGAAGAAAGGGGAAUAUCUCCUGAUACAAGAACUUAUAACAUUUUUCUGUCUCUGUAUGCUGAUGCAGGGAACAUUGAUGCUGCUCUGAACUGUUAUAGGAAAAUCAGAGAGGUGGGUCUUUCCCCAGAUAUUGUAUCUCACAGGACAGUUCUUCAUGUAUUAUGUGAGAGAAACAUGGUCCAAGAUGUGGAAACUGUGAUUCGGAGUAUGGAGAAAUCUGGUGUGCGAAUUGAUGAGCAUUCUGUUCCUAGUGUAAUCAAGAUGUAUAUUAAUGAGGGACAGCUUGAUCAGGCGAAGGUUUUUUAUGAGAAAUGUCAAUUAAAUGGUGGGCUUUCAUCAAAGACAUGUGCAGCAAUUAUAGAUGCAUAUGCUGAAAAGGGAUUUUGGACUGAAGCUGAGGCCAUAUUCUAUAGGAAGAAAGACUCGGUGAGACAGAAGAAGGAUGUUGUGGAAUAUAAUGUUAUGAUCAAAGCUUAUGGUAAGGCAAAGCUUUAUGAUAAAGCAUUUUCUCUCUUCAAGGGCAUGAGAAAUCAUGGGACUUGGCCUGAUAAAUGCACAUAUAAUUCUCUCAUUCAAAUGUUCUCAGGAGGUGAUUUGGUGGACCAGGCAAGGGAUGUUUUAACAGAAAUGCGUGAAAUGGGUUUCAAGCCACACUCUCUAGCCUUCUCUGCUCUUAUUGCAUGCUAUGCUCGCCUUGGCCAGCUUUCUGAUGCAGUUGAUGUGUACCAAGACUUGGUAAACUCAGGAGUAGGACCAAAUGAAUUUGUGUAUGGUUCUUUAAUCAAUGGAUUUGUAGAAUCUGGCAGAGUUGAAGAAGCACUUAAGUAUUUUCGCCACAUGGAAGAAUCUGGGAUUUCUGCAAACCAGAUAGUUCUUACAUCCCUGAUAAAGGCUUAUGGUAAGGUGGACUGCCUUGAUGGAGCAAAAGUACUCUAUGAGAGGCUGAAAGAUCUAGAGGGUCCCCGAGAUAUUGUUGCAUCUAACAGUAUGAUCAAUCUCUAUGCAGAUCUUGGAAUGGUAUCUGAAGCCAAAUUGAUUUUUGAAAAAUUGAGAGCAAAGGGUUGGGCAGAUGAGAUAACAUAUGCCAUCAUGAUUUAUCUUUACAAGAAUGUGGGCAUGCUUGAUGAAGCCAUUGAUGUAGCAGAGGAAAUGAAACUUUCAGGUCUAAUAAGGGACUGUGGUUCAUUUAACAAGGUAAUGUCAUGUUAUGCCAUUAACGGGCAGCUACGUGAAUGCGGAGAAUUGUUGCAUGAGAUGGUAACUCGGAAACUCUUGCCUGAUAGUGGAACUUUUAAAGUAUUAUUCACUAUAUUGAAGAAAGGUAUUCCAAUUGAAGCAGAAACGCAGCUUGAAUCAUCUUACAAUGAAGGGAAACCUUACUCUAGGCAAGCUAUCAUCACCUAUGUUUUCUCUCUGGUUGGUAUGCAUGCUAUGGCGCUCGAGUCGUGCGAAAAAUUCACAAAAGCUGAUGUAAAACUUGAUUCUUUUCUCUACAAUGUUGCUAUAUAUGCUUAUGGGGCAGCCGGGGAAAUUGACAGGGCUCUGAACAUGUUCAUGAAAAUGCAAGAUGAAGACCUGGAACCAGACCUCGUAACGUAUAUUAACCUAGUGGGUUGUUACGGUCAAGCUGGUAUGGUUGAAGGUGUUAAGCGGAUAUACAGCCAGAUGAAAUAUGAAGAAAUAGAGCCAAAUGAAUCCUUGUUCAGAGCUGUAAGAGAUGCGUAUACAGAUGCCAAUAGGCAUGACCUUGCCAAAUUGGUUAGCCAAGAGAUGAAAUAUGUGUUCGACUCAGAACAUCAAACGGAUUCCGAAACUAAAGCUGAGCCUGAUGAAACUACUUCAGAUCUUGAGGAUUUGUAAUUAUUUGAAGUGAAAAACUCCCAAUGGCGUUACACUGUACAGAAAAGCAUUUGCGCAUGCAUCUCAUACUGUGUAUGUAUGGUAGGAAAACAGCUGAAUAAUUUGAAGAUUGUAUAAAAAGUACUGGGUUUGACGAAACAUGUAUUGUAUUUCCCAUUUGUUAAAUUAAAUCUUAAUAAUAUGCCAACGCUGAAUGCAAUUUUUGCU